GCUCCAGAAAUAAUACGAUCAGAGUAUUAUAGUUAUGCUGUGGAUUGGUGGAGUUUAGGAACUUUGAUUUAUGAAAUGAUGUCCGGAAUUACUCCAUUUUGGGCAAAUGACCAAAAUAGAAUGUAUCAACGUGUAUUAGAAGAUGAAUUAGAAUUUCCUGAUGAUAUAAUGUAUGACGCAAUAAGUUUAUUACGAGGACGUGAUCCUAGUCAACGACUAGGGUGUGGACCAGCUGGUUCACUGGAAGUUAAAACACAUCCAUAUUUUGAUUAUGUUGAUUGGGAUGAUGUUUUAAACAAAAGAAUAUGCGCUCCUUACAUUCCAACUAUAGAGCAUGAAAUGGAUCUUCGAAACUUUGACAAUGUAUUUGUAACAAUGUCUCCAAAGUUAUCUUUACCAAAACGUGAUGUUCCAACAGAAAUGCAACAAUGUUUUUCUGGGUAUUCCUUUUGUGAAAAUCGCUCAAUUUCAAGAUCUAUGAAUACAUUACGUACUAGUAAUAGUGUUAACCGUUCUCUUGCUGAUGUAACUUCUUUACACAGAACUAAUUCAUCUGCCACUCUUGGGUGUGAGCGUUUUGAUAACAAGGACCAUGAAUGGAAUAAUUAUGAUCCUGACCAACAUAUUUCUAAAUGUCCCACUAUUAUGGUUGGUGAUACGAAAUAUCGUAAUCAUCUUUAUCUAAAUCAAAGGAUUUCACAGUUCUUAUUGGAUGAUUCUCAUUUAAAUAUGGGGGACAAUUCUUCUUCGUCUUCAACGACUAAGAUUGAACGUCGGGGUACCUUAACUGACAUAUUUCCUCAAUCAUGA